UCUGCUGGCAAGGGAAGAAAGUGGACGAAGUUGAAAGUUGUGAAGGAGAACAAUCCCAAUUUUCUUUAUUCAUGCGGAAGAUGUGCACAGGAAGUGUACACUUCUGAAUCUCAAGAUAUUUUGUCUCAACUGCGUGUUUGGAUUUGCUGGAAAACCUUUUAAAAGGGAAAAAUGUUUGACUGAACAAUUUCCAACGACCCAAACGACCCAAACGACCAAGUGAGAACCAGGCCUUAGGGACCACGUGACUGAUAUUGGAAUGGUGAAUGACAUCAUAUUUUCCAUUGAUACUCGAAAAUGACCUAACUUCACAAAUGAAAGUCUUCCGGUUGUUCUUUCUUUGUCUUCCCUGGCUUUCGAGAAUCAAGCCGGAAGUAUAUUUGGUGACGUACAUGAAUGUUCAGAGUCAUAAAUUGUGGCCUUGUAGUGAUUAGGCAGCAGUCAGGGGCAAUAUUGUCUCAUUGUCUAAUCGUUGACUGCGGUCUGGGUCUACAAAGGAAGCGAAAGCAACUCGUUAUUGUCACCAAAAACACUCUGCCACAAAACACAGUCGGACUCCACAACUUAAUGCAGCUAUGGAUCCAAGGAAAUGGCUUGCUACCAUUUGGCAUCUUUGUAUCCUACUAUCAGUUGCUACCGUCGUCUUUACAGAACAACCUGAUGGUGUUGGAUCCUGCUACAAGGUAUAUAGAAAGAAAUCGGGCAAAUGUCGAAAGAAGUUGAGCGAAGGAGGAAAGGCUAUAAAACUGACAUAUUUGGAGUGCUGUAAUGGACGAGGUUUAGCAUGGAAAACCAAAAAGAAAUGCACCAGGUGUCCUGUGAAAGUGGACGGUGGUUGGGGCAAAUGGUCCUCGUGGGGUAGCUGCUCGGCAACAUGCAGCAGCGGAAAUAAACAGCGAACACGAAAUUGCGAUAGUCCGCCUCCUAAAAAUGGAGGUAAAUUUUGUAGAGGUUUAAAUAAAGACAAAGCCGCUUGUGACACUGGUAUUCCAUGCCCAAUCGAUGGUGGCUGGUCGGAGUGGGCCAGUUGGGGCCGAUGCUCGGUUUCCUGUGACUUUGGCAAAGCUGAGCGUAAAAGAAAUUGCAACAACCCAGAGCCAACUUUCGGGGGCAAAUAUUGCUCAGGCAAAAGAACCGAUGUUAAGGAUUGCUCUACUGGAAUAAGAUGUCCAAUUGAUGGCAAUUGGGGACCUUGGCAACAAUGGUCGCAAUGCACGAAGUCAUGUGGGAAAGAUGGAAAACAGAUCAGAUCCCGUAAAUGUGACUCGCCUCCGCCGCAGUACGGGGGAAUUCUUUGCAAAGGUGCAUCGGAGGAUGGCAAGAACUGCUUUAUUAAGGAGCAUUGCCCAAUAAAUGGCAACUGGGGCUCUUGGAAUUCAUGGAGUCAGUGCAGCACAACAUGCAACGAAGGGCAGAUGACAAAGAAACGGCAGUGCAACAACCCACAACCUCAACAUGGAGGGAACCAUUGUAUUGGCAAGGCUGUGGAAACCGAUUUUUGCCAACUUAGUAAAUGUGGUGAUAAAAAGGGAGGACCUGGGACAGGUGGUUCUGGUACAUCUGGUGGAUCUGGUUCUGGUGGAUCUGGUUCUGGUGGAUCUGGUUCUGGUGCAUCUGGGUCUGGGUCUGGAUCUGAGGAGAAUGGUUCUGGGGGUAGUGGAGGGUCAGGGUCAAAAAAGACCAAUCCAGAUGUUACUACUGAAAGUGGCGAAUCUGUUACGACAGUAAGACCUACCAAGACAACAAGAGUAACAACAGUUCCACCUGGAACUGGGGAAGGGGAUGGAGAUAAUUCUAAUGGUGGCAAAAAUGGCUCAGGAUCAGGUGACCAAUUUGGAUCUGGUGACUUGUCUGGAUCAGGGGGCACUAAUGGAUCAGGUGGUGGCAACCUAGUGGGUUCUGGUGACAAAGGAAACAAUGGUAGCAGAGAAAAGAAACCAGUGAUAAAUGACAAAUUAAAAAGCUUGUCUCUAGCAGAUGAUGAAGAAGUAUCAGUAGAAAGUCCAAGCAAUCAAUUUCAGAAAGCUAAACGUCACAAAAGUAAAAGAAAGGGACAUUAGAGACUGAAGAACAAAUUUUUGAACACAAAUAUAUCCAGCAUAAGAAAUGCUAACUGUAAUUUUUAUUAGCUGUAACAAUAUAGAAUUUGUAGGUUUUGUAGCAGUAUGAUAAUAUUGACCUUUGUACAACAAGAAGUGUCUCUCUAUUAGACAAUAAUAUAUAUCUGUAUUCCAACAAAAGAGCAAGAUAUGUUAUUGUAUUUUUCAACUUGUUUUUUUGAACUUAAAACUACAAAUUGUACUUCUUUGCUUCUGAAAUAGGUGAUAUAAUGAAAUAUAAUCCAAAAA